AUGCCACGGAGUGUAGAACAUGACUACAAUAGUGAAGUGCACUGUUCAUGUCGUCGCUGGCGCAGACGCCUUAUUUUUCGAGGAAAAUUAACAAUGCACACGGCCUUUGAAAGGGCAGACAACCGAAGCCCAGCCGCCGUAACUGCGGUCGCUAUCUCACGCGACCAUCGCUCCGUGCUGAUAGGAGAUGCCCGGGGUCGUGUUUUUGCCUGGACCUUGCAGUUAGACGUUUCAUCAUCCUCAUCUUCUGCGGCAGCGGCAGCCGCGAUAGCAUCAUGUUUAGCCGGCUCCCCUUCGCCAAAUGCCCUGGGGAAUGCCACCGGAAUAGCAGGUGGCCCGCCCGGG